ACCUACUGUCGUUUGCUUUCAUGUAUGUUUAUUCCCUUAUCUCUCGCUCUUUUUACUAAUUCUAUUUUAUUCUAUCGAGUAGGCACAUACAGGAAAUAUGGUAAAUUUUGGGGUUUUUAUUUUUUCAGGAAAAAUAAAUAGGGGGGGGGGGAAACAAGUUUUCAUUAAUCACUGAUAAUUCACACAGGGUCAUCGAUUGCCUAUCGCACAAGUAUUUUUCAAGAAAUUGGGUUAUAAUGUAGUGAUGUUAUCAUAUCGAGGAUAUGGACUCAGUGAAGGAAAACCUACAGAAAAAGGAUUAAAAAUUGACGCGCAGACAAUGCUGGAAUAUAUUAAACAACACCCGAUUCUUAAACACACCAAAUUAAUAGCCUAUGGACAAUCAUUAGGAGGAUCAGUGGCCAUUAGCUUGGUCUCUCGCAAUGAAGACAAAUUUGACGCAUUGAUUAUCGAAAAUACCUUUUUGAGCGUGCCCUUGUUAGUGCCACACGUAUUUCCUGCAUUAAGACAUUUAGUCUAUCUAGUUCAUCAAACAUGGAGAUCCUACAAAACUAUCAAAUAUGUACACCAUGUUCCCAUCCUAUUCCUAUCUAGUUCAAAAGAUGAGUUAGUCCCACCAGGACAUAUGGCAAAGUUAUACAAUAUAUCUCAAACAAGCGGCGUAAAGGUCUGGCGAGACUUUGAAAAUGGAACUCAUAAUGAUACAUGCAUGCAGAGCGGUUUCUUUGAAUCCAUUGCUGAAUUUGUACGUGAUAAUGUAUGGGAACUGGAUUAAACAUGUAUAUACACACACCAACCCCCUCCAAACACACACACACACCUUUCCCUCGCAAUUGUAUAUAUAAAAUAACACUUUGUUACACACACCUUUUCACUUCUCUUUGAUCUGUCACUUGUUGGUAAUUGUUUACCCUUUUCUUUUUUCUUUUUUUUUACCCGCCCAGCACAUAAAAGGAGAGGGG